CAAAUAUGGCGUCGCAUUUGUUUUGCGGCAGAGUAAACCUAAAUAUUUUGAGAGAGGCUGCACGAAAAGACCUGCGCGAGUUUUUAGAUAAGUGUUCGGGAAGCAAGGCCAUUGUUUGGGACGAGUAUCUUACUGGACCCUUCGGGUUAAUUGCUCAGUAUUCCCUUUUGAAGGAACAUGAAGUCGAGAAAAUGUUCACUCUCAAAGGUGGUCGUAUACCGUCCGCUUCCGUCAAGAAUAUUGUCUUUUUUGUGCGACCAAGGUUGGAAUUGAUGGACAUCAUUGCAGAAAAUGUUGCAAGUGAGGAUAAACUACAACCCCGAGAUUUCCACAUUCUGUUUGUGCCUCGCCGGGGUCUGCUGUGUGAACAGCGGCUGAAGGAGAAAGGGGUUCUGAACUCUUUCACUAACAUCGAUGAAUACAUUCUGGACCUUAUCCCUUACGAUGGAGAUCUUCUUUCCAUGGAGUCUGAGAGUUCCUUUAGAGAAUGCUAUUUAGAGAAUGAUCAGACGAGCCUGUAUCACGCUGCCAAGGGCCUCAUGACUUUGCAAGCACUUUAUGGAACAAUACCGCAAAUCUUUGGCAAAGGCGAGUGUGCAAGACAUGUGGCCAACAUGAUGUUGCGGAUGAAGAGAGAGUUUGCAGGGAGUCAAACGCAAAUCCUGCCCGUGUUCGAUACCCUCCUCCUGUUGGAUCGCAACGUGGAUUUGCUUACGCCAUUAGCCACUCAACUUACCUAUGAGGGUCUUAUCGAUGAGAUCUUUGGCAUCACUAAUGGUUACGUGAAGCUACCUCCUGAGAAGUUUGCACAGAAGAAACAGGGAGAAGGUGGGAAGGAGCUCCCCACUGAGCCGAAAAAACUGCAGCUCAACUCGGCCGAGGAGCUUUAUGCUGAAAUACGGGACAAGAACUUCAAUGCUGUUGGAGCGGCUCUCAGCAAGAAAGCCAAGAUUAUAUCAGCUGCGUUUGAGGAGCGACACAAUGCAAAAACUGUUGGAGAGAUUAAACAGUUUGUUUCGCAGUUGCCUCACAUGCAGGCGGCUCGGAGCUCCCUGGCUAAUCACACCUCCAUCGCUGAACUCAUAAAGGACAUAACAACCUCAGAAGACUUCUUUGACAGUCUGACCGUUGAGCAAGAGUUUAUGACUGGAGUAGACACAGACAAGGUCAGCACAUAUAUAGAAGACUGCAUAGCACAGAAAGACCCGCUGAUAAAGAUCCUGCGACUGGUCUGCAUGCAGUCUGUCUGCAACAACGGCCUCAAACAGAAGGUCCUGGACUACUAUAAGAAAGAGAUCCUUCAGACAUAUGGUUACAAGCACAUUCUAACUCUCAAGAACCUGGAAAAGGUUGGGUUACUCAAACCUCAAAGCACUAUGAGAAACAACUACCCCACAAUCAGGAAGACCCUCAAAUUGUGGAUGGAGGAUGCCAAUGAACAGAACCCCAACGACAUCUCGUACGUGUACAGUGGCUAUGCGCCGCUGAGUGUUCGCCUGACACAGGUGCUCGCUCGUCCUGGCUGGAGGAGCAUCGAGGAGGUGCUGAAGAUGCUGCCUGGGCCACACUUUGAAGAGAGACAGCAGGUUCCCACAGGCCUUCACAAGAAGCGUCAGCCUGGAGAAAACAGAACCACCCUUGUCUUCUUUCUUGGCGGUGUGACGUAUGCUGAAAUCGCUGCUCUGCGGUUCUUGUCUAAUAUGGAAGAUAGUGGGACUGAGUACAUUAUUGCAGCCACCAAACUCAUCAAUGGCACCAGCUGGAUAAAGUCUCUCAUGGACAGUCCUGAGGAAAACUUGCCUUAAAGCUGCCAUGCGAUCUGUAGGGCCUCACAGAUCCUGCUAUCGGUCAACGGUAAUGUUUUGUGUACAUGUAGAAUGUGAGUUAUAUCAAACUGUCGAUGCUGUUUUGUCUGAUCAUUUUUAAGGAUUAUGAAGGGGGUUGAAAUCGCUGUUACGAUACUAAUUUAUUUAUGAGAAAACAUUUGUGAAAACAGCCACCUGCAUCUGAUCUAAGCAGCGAGGUUUGUGAAUUAACCGCUAAUGCAGUGUAGAAACAUACUAAUGUUGUGUAUAUAACCUGCUUUGUCGGAUUGCAUGUUUUCCCAGAAGCCACCAUAUAUUGUUUUAGCAAGUAGUGGCAACUUUUUCGAUAAUGCAUUCCUGGUCUACAUAAAAAAGAACUAUGUUGGCUUUAGCGCAUGUUCAUAUAAUAAUUUGUUUAUCAAAAUUAUAAAAUUGUAACUCCUUUACAGCUGUUCAUAACUGUACAGUUUGAGUUCUGACAUUAAAAGGGAUAGUUCACCCAAAAUGAACAAUAAAAACAUUGACAGCCAAUCCAGCUGAACUCGAGUGUUUAAAGUGGCAUAUGAGAAAACGGCAGCGUAGUGUUAUACACUGUAUAUGAUCUA